GCCAGGGUACUGCUUGAUGUCUAUUUUUCGUAGUUUAUGAACUACUCCUACUCCGUCGAUAGCGGUUUCGGAUGGAACUGACGUGGUCAAUAAAUGUGCUUGAAUAUGGAUGCAGAUACUUGAUUUGCUUGGAGCGGGACACCGGAAGAUCAUGUUAAGAUUCUGAACUAUAUUCAUCUCCGUACUAUAUUCAUCUCCGUCGAAAGUAGUAGUGAAUGAAUGUUUCUCGUCCCUACCUUCCAUCAUCACGCAGGCCACAGUAUGGCGGAUAUCCCGGUGCCUAUCCGGGAACUAUGCCUGGGGCUGCGUAUCCCGGGGUUGCUCCCGGCGCUUUUCCCGGCCAAGCAGGAUAUCCAGGUGGAUUCCCUCCAGUUGAUCCUUCUGCCCAAGCUAUGUACAGCCAAUACGCAGCAGCAGGUCACGCAGGUGGGGCCUCGUUCGAUCAUGGUGCCGCUUUGGCGGCGUAUGCUCGCGCUUCAGGAGACAGCGGCGCCCCCGCACCGCCCUACGACAAGCAGUCGCAAUUGAAGCGUCAGCAGUACCGGAC